CUCGGCGAUCCCAGCGACUUCGCCAGCGGUUCGCUGAUCUUCGAGCGAUGGCGUGCGGCUUUGCAGAGGCGCCUUCGAGCAAUGCAGGAGAAGAAUCCUGCGAAGUACGGGGCACCGGGCAGCCACGCACAUUUGCAUUACCAGGCACCGGGACACGAGGAUGUCUUGGGUGCGGUCAAGGACCUCGUAGAUGCAGGCGCAGCGCAAAAAGGCUUCGAAAUCUUGAACCGUGUGGACGUCGCGCCGGCGCUGAUGAUUCUGGACCUGGACGAAGAGGCCGCCGGCAGAUUCCCCGAGGUCCCGGAAACCGCGGAAGGCGCCGAAACGGCCUCAGAGGAGGAAAAGGAAGUGAUGCCCCUCUUUGGUGCUCCUGCGCCGGCCGCCCCUCGCCGAAAGCGCCCGAAGGUCACACCAGGCUUCCCUGCCAUCGCGCCGGGUACUCCUGGCUUUCGUCCGGGCGUCCCCGGGACUCCGGGGCCCGGGAUGCCACGCACGCCAGGUCCCUCGAUGCCGCACACGCCAGGCAGUGGCCGAUUUAGGGUCUAG